CAUUCCAGAACAACAUAGUCAUUCAUCUGCAUCCAUGAAUAGAGAAAUGCAACCUGUCCUGAUGUACAAGCCUGUAUGCAAAUCUUGUCAUUCGCUUAAAGCUGCAGAUAUAUUCUUCAAAGCUUCAUUGAAGGUUGCACUUGAUGAAUGCAGGCACAAAACAAAAGAUUGUUGCUGCAAAAGGAAGUUUGAGGAGCUUUGUGAAAGGACAGAGGAAGAAAAACAAAUAAUUUCACAAGACAAUGCCAAAACCUUUGAUGGUUCUAAUUUCUUAUCACAGUACAACAGUAAAAAUGAUCAAAUUGUUUAUUUUUGUAAAGUCUGCCUAAGCUGUGGAUGUCUUAGCAAAGGUAAGCGUAAAAUUGUAGAAUCCUGGACCGAGGGAAUAACCUUCACCACCACCAGGAACAAAAAUAUAGCCAUGAAAAUGCACCUGCAAAGUAAACAACACAAAGAAGCUUUGGAAUUUGGCCAAGCCAAUGAUGGAACCCAACGAAAAUUAGGAUUCCCAACUAGAGAAGAACAGGAAAAAGCAACAAGAAACACUAUGAUUGCUGGAAUCUUCAGGACUUCUCAUUUAUUACCAUUCAGAUUGUAUACUGCCUUGUGUGCUUUUCUGUCCCUUAUCAGCCCAUCACACUUGAGCAAUCCAUUGGGCAACCGACAUCAAAUGCAUACUGAUAUCUGCCAUGUUCUCUCAGCAAAUUAUGAAGCCUGUGCUACCACCAUGAAGAGAUUUUUCAGCAGCACUUUUGCAGCAACAAACGGCAAGAGAAAAAUCACUAUCAGCUGUGAUGAGGGCACUGCUCAAAAGGAUGCAUCUCGACAGGCCAUUGUUGCAACCUAUGUUAAUGAUGAUGGAAUGACCAAAGAAAUUGUUUUAGGGGUUCCAAUGAUCAAGCAGGGAGAUGCAAUGGCUACUACUAAUCAUGUUAAAGAAAAUAUUUCUCUAUUCCUUGACCCCACAUCAGUUGCCUUUGUGUGCACAGAUAGUGCAGCUGUAUGCACAGGAAAGAAAACUGGUAUGAUUGAGAUGCUUAAGACGUCAAGUGAAUUUCAGACCUUAAAUGGCCUCCCUGACUUCUGCCAUGAAAUGGAAAAUUUAUUGCACAACUCCAUGCCUAAAUGGGUUUCUGAUACUUUAUCAAUCUGUAGAAGUGUUGCAGCAUUUGUCAAUGACCACAUUAUUGUAAAAAAUAUGAUUCCUAGAUACAAAAACAUUUAUCAUGGAUCAAGGUUCACUAAAAUACCAGACCAGUGUCAGAUGCAUUUUGCGGAAUACCUACACCUUCACUUGGACGCAAUUUUGAAAAAUUUGCCCAUCAUGAUUAAAGCACUUCCUGCGCUGAUAAAUACCCAGACUUUCCAAAGUAAUGAAGCAAUAGACAUACUGAAAUUAAUACUCAAUGAUUCCUUUGUAAUUAAAGUCAUGCUUAUUAGAAGACUCUACAAGCUCAUGUCUGAGAAAGAAAAAAUAGCUCAAAACAUUCACUUCGGACCAUUUCAAUACAAGCACCUAGUUGACAGCCUGGCAUCAGAAUUGCAGGACUUGAAGACGCCUUCUAUUGAUGUUGAAAGUUUUGUGAAGGAUGGAAAUGUUAGGUCAUGUGCUGAAGCUUCCAAUCAUUCUGACCAUGACUAUAUAAAUUUGUGCCAGACAGCAGUGAAGCUCAACUUAGAAACAAGAGGAGAGCUUGAAGCUUCAAGGAAAGACAUUGUGAGCAAUUUGAUGAAUGACAAUUCUAAAUGGAUUGACCAAAUUUGUAAUGUAGCUCCCAAUUACUUGAAGAUCCCUCAGCCCAUUGCUCUUGCAACACAAUUGUUUUCACUUCACCUUGAAAACAAUUUGCAGGACAAAUUAGCUGCUAUCAAGCAACUGUUCAAUUCUGUGAACAUCCAAUUUGUGUCUUGUGGAAGCAAGUGCAAGGGAGUUGAUGAGUGUGGUUGUUUGAUAAGUGAUUAUGAAAAAUUCAUGGCAAUUUUCCAAACUGAAUGGCAUGCUGCACCCAACAACAGAGUUAUCAGGUCUGGCACAUCUAUAUCACAAUCCUAUACCCAUGCCUUUGCUCAUUACAUUGCAGAAAACAAUCAGAAAAAUGUGUAUCCAACCAACAUCAUUCGCUGCCUUGAAAUCAUCCAGCUCAUGAAGCCUUCUCUUGGGGCCACAGAGAGAGUGAUGUCACAUGUGGCAUCAAUAAUGAGCAGAUCUGAAUCCAUGUAUGACAUUAAGAAAAUAAUAACUGAAGAUUCUACCACCAGUGACAGUGUUGAGAUGGAAGUAUUUCUCAGAUGCAACACAAAUAUAGUACAGCAUGAUGCUGACCUUGCAAAACAAAUAUUUCUGAGCAGACAUGGUGAAUCUCUAAUGAAAAAUAAAAAAUCUAAUACAAUGAGUGAUGCUGUUCAUAACUACUUGUAUGAACUUAGUGGAAAAAUCAGCAAUCAAUAUAUAAAUAAAAGAAAAAAUGCAUUUGAUCAAAAACAGGAGGAUUGCAAAAGAACAAAAAUGUAUUUUACUGGGCCAAAUGUUCUAGAAAAUUCUAAAGUUCCAGCAUCAUCAAAUUCAAUUGAGGUGGUUUCUUCUCAGUCAAUAAAUUACUCACCUGCAAAUGUAACUAUUUUACAACAUGAUGAAGUUGUACCUCCUUUAUCAGCAUCAGUAAAUAAAGCAGGUAAUGCCAGAAACAUGAUAGCAUUUGACCAACCAAAUGGGUGCAAAGAAUUCCAGAUGGGAGGCACCUCUCUAAAUUUAGGGAAUGAAACUGCAAAUUUUAAGAAGAAUAAAAUGGAAGUUUAUUGCAUCUGCCAAACGAAGAACGAUAAAGAAAGUCGAACUCAAAUUAAAUCUUCCAAAUUUAUUGGAUGUUCCAGUGCUCAGAAAUGUGAAUCAUACAUUGAAAGAAUGACUGAAAAAAAUGUUGGAGGAGGAGACUGGUUCCAUUUGAAGUGUUUGAAGAUGAACAGAGUACCAAAGGGUCCCUGGUACUGUCAAAAAUGCAAUGAGAAAAAUGCUGCCAACUUGAGACAAGACUUGACCAAUUAUAAUACUCAAGAAUGCCGCAUGGUCCUGCAACAAUGUGCUGAAGCUGCAGACGGGAGUCUCUGGUGUGCUGAGCAGAGCCUCCCUCAAGUGUCUGCUGUAGAAGUGAAGUCUGAAGCAUUAGAGGCUGAUGCUCAAUCUCCUGUUGACAUCAAGGACGAGAUUGAGGAUGGGACUGAGGAUGUAGAUGUCAAGGAGGAACCCUUCUCCUAUGAUGAUAAGGCACUGGAGCCCCCCAGCCCCGGGUGGGGGGGCCUGCUGGUUCCUCCCCCAUUGUGUGUGCCGUGCAAGAGGGAAGCUCCAAUGGAGGCUCCUGAUGGCCACGACGUCCCUUUGUGUUAUUUGCUCAUCACUGAUGGAGCUGAGGGACAGGUGGGUGGUAUUGCCAUGGCUCCUGAUGGCCACGACGUCCCUCUGUGUUAUUUGCUCAUCACUGAUGGAGCUGAGGGACAGAGCAGCGGCGAGUCGUCCACUGCUAGGGGAGCUGCAGCAGGCGCUGGUGGCAGCGGCGACGUCUUCAAGUCAUCCAGCCCCAAGCUACUGCCCAAUAGGCUUCAUCAAAGUAAAUCUGCUAAACAUUCACCACUAGAUAAAUGA